AUGGCACGGAACAUUCGCUUCAUCGAAGAUACAGCCAACGGCGCUGAAUAUCCUAAGGCUGUUUCGUCCGAGAAAUACACCGGAGAGCGCGGAGAACUGCGAGCCUCCACUGUCACCUCUCUAACCUCAGUAGCGGCGGUGGCCUUCACAGCCAUCCCCGCCAGGACGCUCUCUGCUAUUCUUGGCUUCUUCUCCUCGAUCCCCAGCUCCGUGUCCCGGAGGACGCUCACCCCUGGGAGAGCCAGCUGGCAUCAGACCAUGCGCCUGCUGUGGGCAGCUCUGUACCUGGCAGGGCUGCUUUGGGGGAUGGCCCCGAAAUCCUGCUCGUCGGCACUGCCCGACGCCCCUUCAGGGCUGACCUCGGGCCCCGGGGGCAGUCCGGAGGGCUCCUUGCUGGGCCCUGGCAUCCCAAGACAGCGCCAAAAGCGCCACAUCGUCACUCGGGACGUGAUUGCCCUGCUCAAUUUCCACAACCGCGUCCGCGCGCAGGUCUUCCCACCGGCUUCCAACAUGGAGUACAUGGUGUGGGAUGAACAGCUGGCCAAGGUGGCCAAGGCCUGGGCUACCCAGUGCAUCUGGGACCACGGGCCCCCUCAGCUGAUGAGACACGUGGGCCAGAACCUCUCUGUCCACUCCGGCCGAUUCCGCUCCGUGGUGGAUUUGGUGAAGCCUUGGUUGGAUGAGAAGAAACACUACACGUUCCCAUCGUCAAGGGAUUGCAAGCCCAGCUGUCCCUCUAAUUGCACUGGCCACGUUUGCACUCACUACACCCAGAUGGUGUGGGCAUCAUCCAACAGGCUGGGCUGCGCCCUCCACACUUGCACCAGCAUCAAUAUCUGGGGAAGCAACUGGCGGCAGGCCGUGUAUCUGGUGUGCAACUACGCCAUCAAGGGCAACUGGAUCGGCGAGGCCCCGUACAAAGUGGGGAGACCCUGUUCUGCCUGCCCCUCCAAAUACGGAGGCAGCUGUAAGAGUAACAUGUGCUCCGCCGACCUCAAAUCCAACAGACUCACCUGGUUCUAA